UGUGAAGGGGAUCCCCAAAAUAGGAAUAGAUCUGCUGAUCCUCAUUUUGUAAAGGAUUUUGUUCUUGAUCAGAUGAAGAAUAAGCCUAAAAAAGUUGUUCCAGACCCUUAUAAAAUCAAGGAAGACUUCUUAGCUGAAAAGAGAGUAAAUAUACCAUAUCAGUGUGCAUGGAAGGCUAGGAAUCUAGUUUUAGAGUCAUUAUAUGGGAACUAUAAAGAAAGUUACAAUGAAGUACCAGCAUUCUGCAAGAUGUUUACAAAAUGCAAUGAUGGGUCUGUUGCUAAGUUCACUUUUGACACAGUGAAUAACACCUUUGAAAGCAUGACACUCUCAUUUGAACCUGCAAUGAGGGGUUGGCGAAAAGCAUGCAGGGGAGUUAUAGGGCUUGAUGCCUGCCAUCUAACAGGGGAAUAUGGGGGAGUAUUGAUGGCUGCAACUGCACUUGAUGGACAGAAUGGGUUAGUAAUGUUAGGAAUUAUGGUAUGCAGAGCUGAAACAAAGGAAAAUUGGAUCAUUUUUUUGAAGCAUUUGAAGGAUGCAAUAUUAGCACAUCCAGUGAAAGUGGCUUUCAUUUCAGAUAGGCAAAAAGGUUUAUUGGAAGCUGUUGGUAUAGUGUUCCCUGGCCAUCACCACAGAUACUGUUGGAGACAUUUAUACAAAAAUUUCAAGAAGGAUUACAAGGGUCUUGAAUUAUACAGUUCUUUAUGGAAUGCAGCAAAAGCAUACAAAGAAAAGCAUUUUCAGGAACAUUUUGACAAUAUUGUGAAACAGAGUGCUGCAGCUGGUGCUUAUCUCAGUAGAGAAGAUCCUGCUACAUGGUCCAGGGCCUUUUUUAACCCUAUUCACUGUUGUGAACAUAUGAACAACAAUUUUUCAGAGUCUUUUAACAAUAUGAUCAACAAGAUGAGAAAUAAACCAAUUAUAAUGAUAGGAAUAAUGUAUGCUAACUUAGUGAUGGGUACAUGGUACAAUAGGAGGACUGAAUCUGCAUCAUGGGUAGAUGGUAAUUUGGUUCCUACUGCUGUUACAUUGAUUAAGAAAAUGUUGGAAUUUGUGACUGACUAUGGUGUUGACCCUUGUGUGGAUGGAGAUGGCAGUUGA